AUGGCAAAAGUUGGCAAGCUCACUCCGUACAACAUCCUCCUUACUAUUUAUGGCGCCGCGGCUGGCUUCACAUAUGGCUUCGCAUGGGCGUGCCUCGCAGCCAGUAUUGGCCAGCCCGAAUUCUACGUCUAUCUGAAACUUGAUCCAAAAUCCGAGCGCACUGCAAGCUUGCUCGGGGCCGUCAAUGGCCUCUUUUUCACAGGCGGUGCUUUUGGUUCCGUGACACAAGGCUGGGUGAGCGACAAAAUUGGCCGCAAGAGAUCCUUGAUCUUGGCCUCAGCUUUGGCCCUCGCCGGUACGGCCUUCAUCGCAGGUACUGCCCACGUUGGAAUGUUGAUCGCCUUCCGCUUCGUGCAGGGAUGGGGUAUGGGAAUUAUGGUAACGCUGGCACCGCUGUACCUUGCAGAGAUCUCGCCACCUCAUCGACGAGGCCUGGUUGUCGGUGCCUUUGCCUUCUGCCUUGGAUUGGGUACCAAUGUUGUCAACUGGGUCAGCUUGGGGACUUAUUACGCGAAGAACAAGAGCGUUCAGUGGCGGCUUCCAUUGGCACUUGCUUGUGUGGCGCCGAUUGCGAUGGUGAUCGGAGCCUUUUUCAUUCCCGAGUCUCCUCGGUGGCUCAUCUGGAAGGGACAAGAUGAAUCUGCCUCGCACAUCCUCAAGCGGCUUCACAAGGACAGCUCGGACAACACAGACACAGCCGCCGAGGCCGAGUUUAUCCAGAUCAAGCGACAAGUUGAGAUGGAUCAACAGAUAAACGUCACCUACUGGGAGCUCUUCAGAAACGCGAGCUAUCGGAAGCGCACCCUGAUCGUCAUCAUCAGCAUGUUUGCCUAUCAGAGCACUGGCGCAUUUGGCAUUGGGAAUUACAAAGUUCUCAUUUAUCAGAAUCUCGGCUUCUCCGGUGGGAUGCCUUUACUUCUCAAUGCGUUGUACACGCUUUCUGGAACCCUGGCCAUUGCAACGGCCUCGUUCUUUAUGGACAAGACCGGGAGGAGGAUUCUCUUCUUGGUCGGAUUUCCCAUCCUGGCCGCAGCUCUCCUUGCAGAAGCGUUACUGUCGCGUACAUACGUCAAUUCGGGUGACAAGGCAGGGAACGCGGCGUGUGUCUUCUUCCUGUUCUUCUUCAUCGUCACCCUCGACUUGACGGUGGAUCCCGUUGUUUUUGUCUACGUUUCCGAGCUUUGGCCUACGCCACUCCGCUCAAAGGGUAUGGCCAUUGCAUGGUUCACGUACUUUGUCGGCGCCAUCACGUAUACAGCCCCCACGGCGGUGGCAUUCCGCAACAUCGGCUGGAAGAUGUACAUGGUCUGGGUUGCCUGCAAUGUUGUCUCCUUCUUCCUCGUCCUGCUCUACUUCCCGGAGACAGCCAACAAGACUCUGGAGGAAGUGAGCGAGGUAUUCGGGGACCGCGUUGCUGUACAUAUCGCCCAAGACGGCAAGCACAUCAAAGAGGACGAGGAGGAGGCUGGUGUGGCACAGAGCACUGCCGUGUCAGUCAAAGAACAACUGGGUACGAAUAUCGAGGUGGCGAGUGUCUAG